AUGGUAUCGGAGAACAUCCAACUCUGGUGGCGGAGAGGCCGUCAUCAAGUUUGGCGACGUUCGAAGGCUCGUGAGAAGGUCCUGGGAUACUUUGACAAGCCUCGCCCGUCGGGCUACGCUGUCUACCGUGCCUGGUUUACUGCCAAGGCGAAGACAAGACAGCGAACAUGGGCGACACUAAAGGUUGCGUAUGCAGCUUCCGAUAUCUCAUGGGUCGAUCUAUCAGUGGCGAGCAAGGCCCAGUGA